UUUACCUCCAACUAUCACAGUCGACUUCAAGGAGGAACAGACAGCAGAGAUGGCCACUCAAGCACAGAAGCCACCCCACCUGCACCUGGCUGAGCUCACCGCGGCGCAGUUCAUCGACAUCUGGAAACAUUUUGACGCAGACGGAAACGGUUACAUCGAAGGGAAGGAGCUGGAGAACUUCUUCAAAGAGCUGGAGACUGUGAGACGAGGAGCAGGCGUGGAUCCUUCACAUGCUGCGUUCAAAGAAAAGAUGAAGGAGUUCAUGGCUAAUUUUGACAAGAAUACUGAUGGGAGAAUCGAAAUGUCCGAGCUGGCUCAGAUUCUGCCAACAGAGGAAAACUUCCUGCUCUGUUUCAGAGAGUUUGUGGGAUCAAGUGCUGAAUUCAUGGCAGCCUGGCGGAGGUACGACACUGACCGCAGCGGAUACAUUGAAUCAAAUGAGCUGAAGGGCUUCCUGUCAGACCUGCUGAAGAAGGCUAACAGAAACUACGAUGACAAGAAGCUCAAUGAGUACACACAGACAAUUCUAAGGAUGUUUGAUCUUAAUGGUGAUGGUAAGCUGGGCCUCUCUGAGAUGGCAAGGCUCUUGCCAGUGCAAGAAAACUUCCUGCUGAAGUUCCAGGGCAUCAGGCUCACAGUCAAAGAAUUUGACUCCCUCUUCACCUUCUAUGAUAAGGAUGGUAAUGGAUAUAUUGAUGAGCAGGAGCUGGAUGCGUUGCUGAAGGACCUCUGCGACAAGAACAAAAUGGACGUGGACUCAACAGGAUUGGUGGGGUACAAAAAGAGCAUCAUGGCUCUGUCUGAUGGAGGAAAACUGUACCGCACCGAGCUGGAGAUCGUCCUCUGCCGUGACUCCUCGCUGUGACCUCCCUGCCUGGGACUCUGCCGUCCUCCCCCACUGUCUCCUUCUUCCUACCUCCUGAUGUAACCUGGUGCAUGUGUGACCCUGAACCUCGCUACACACCGCUUAAGAGUGAAAACAAAAGUGUACUACUGGCCCUGCUCUCUUAGCUUUAUACCUUUUUUUUUUAACUUAACAUGCAGUUCCAUAGUGAAAUAGCCAUUGCAAGGACUUUAGGAAUAUAUUGUGUAUUUAUUUAUUUGGUCUCCUGUUUUUAAUAUGCAUUUAAUAUGUAUUUUUACAUUCAUAUCAUAUCUAUAUG